GUCUGUGACCAAGCCUGACCUCUGGGAAUAACCCGGCAGCUGCUUUUUUUUUUGUACCUGGGUCUAUUUAUUUUUUGGGGGGGGAGGGGGGGAAUAGACAAAACAUUUGUCCAUUUCCAGUUGCUGUCCAUGAAUGCAAACACCAUGAUUUUCAUGAUCCUGGGUGCCUCUCUCGUCAUGGCAAUAGCUUGCUUGAUGGACAUGAAUGCGCUGCUGGACCGGUUUCACAAUUAUAUCCUACCACAUUUAAGAGGAGAAGAUCGAGUUUGCCACUGCAACUGUGGAAGGCAUCAUGUACAUUACGUCAUCCCAUACGACGGGGAUCAAUCGGUGGUGGAUUCUUCGGAGAAUUACUUUGUGACCGACAAUGUGACCAAGCAGGAGAUUGAUCUGAUGCUGGGACUUUUGCUGGGCUUUUGUAUAAGCUGGUUUCUGGUGUGGAUGGAUGGAGUUCUCCAUUAUGCAGUGCGAGCCUGGAGAACCAGUCGACGGUACGACAACUCUUGGUCUUGGAUUCCGAAGUUUUGUAACUUGAAGGAGUUCCGGAAGCGUAACCACAGGCAGUAUGAGGAGUCCACCGGGAACAUGGUGCACAUCAAACAGAAGCUGUACCAUAACGGGCACCCGAGCCCCCGGCACCUCUGAGAAACGCCUCCCCCUCCAGAGACUGCCAUGAGGCUUUAGAACUGGGCUUCCAGGGGGGCGUCGGAGGCCCGUGGAGGACAGCUUUUUAUUUAUCUAGGCGGUGUGAGUCUGAGGCACACCGCGAAUGCACAACUAAGCCAGUUCUGGCUGCAAAGCCGCCAAGACGUUGCACUGUGUCCAUUGUUUUCUUGUCGGACUUCUGUAUAUAUGUAAAAACAAAAAGGGAAAGAUUUGCAUUAUACUUCCCAAAUCCCCA